AGGACCCGGUAUAAAGCGGCCGCCGCUGCCCGGUGCCGCCGCGCUCGCGCCGCCGUCAGUGACCUCGUCCCUUCCCUCCUUCCCUCCCUCAUCCCCCCCGCCCUCCCCGGCGCUGCCGCCUCCCCCCUCCGCCGCACGGAGCAGGUCCCGGGUGCUGGGGGAGACCCGGGGGCAGGAGUGCUGCAGGUCUCACCCCAGAGUGGUCCAGAUGUCUGCUGUUGAAAUGGCAUGGAAGCUGGAGCUUGUGCAUCCUCUAAGAAGAGAACAGCUGACAGUCAUUCCCAAAUUAGAUUAAUCAGCCACUCGAUGGGGAUUAACAGUGGAGCACCUCUUUGUGUCGCCUUUCCACCUCUGUGUAGCACGAAUAACAACUUCAGCACUUCUUCAAUAAUAAUUAUGAAACUGGUAUUAACUGAAUGGCAAUUAUGGAUUUUUAACUCUAACUCACAGUAAACCAGCAAGCCAUAUGUUGAAAUUCUUACCAAAUAGCUUUUCAUUCUUAAUGUCUCGUAUCUAUACAAGAAGUUGCAAGAUACCUGUUUGUACAAGAGGAAUAUAAGCAUUACUUGCCUGAGGAACAGAAGCUGAAAGAGAAGACACCCUAACUUGUUCGUGGAGUUAUGGUAGUAUUAUUUAUAUAGAUAUAACAAAUAUAUAUAUUUUUUAUGGUAAUGAAAAUGGCUCCUCAGAAUGCUGACUCGGAAUCUAUGCAAGUUCAAGAUCUACCUGUGGCACAGCUUCAGAAACCAGAAAACAAGGAGAAUGAAAGUAGGGAGGAGACCAUUAGUGAAGGAUCCAUAGACCGGAUACCGAUACGUCUGUGGGUGAUGCAUGGUGCAGUAAUGUUUGGCAGGGAAUUUUGUUAUGCCAUGGAGACAGCUUUGGUAACACCUGUAUUGUUACAAAUUGGUCUUCCUGAACAAUACUACAGCCUCACUUGGUUCCUCAGCCCUAUCCUGGGCUUGAUCUUCACUCCGCUCAUAGGUUCGGCCAGUGACCGCUGCACGCUGAGCUGGGGCCGCCGGCGGCCUUUUAUCCUUGCUCUCUGCAUUGGUGUCCUCUUUGGAGUUGCACUUUUCCUUAAUGGCUCUGUGAUAGGUCUGGCUAUUGGUGAUGUACCGGACAAGCAGCCCAUUGGAAUAGUUCUCACGGUGCUUGGGGUUGUGGUGUUGGACUUCUGCGCCGAUGCAACCGAAGGGCCAAUUCGGGCCUACUUGUUGGAUGUGGUGGACAGUGAAGAACAAGACAUGGCCCUGAACAUCCAUGCAUUUUCAGCUGGUCUUGGAGGAGCAAUUGGUUAUAUGUUAGGAGGGCUGGACUGGACACAGACCUUCUUGGGUAGCAUUUUUAAAUCUCAAGAGCAAGUCCUUUUUUUCUUUGCAGCCAUUAUUUUCUCUGUCUCCGUUGCUCUCCACCUUUUCAGCAUUGAAGAAGAGCAAUAUAACCCUCAGCAGGACAGGAUCGAUGACGAAGGAGACACACUUUCAAGUGCCAAAUUCAGUGGCAGUCUACCCCCUCUGAAUCGGCUGAAUGUAAUUAGUGAGGAAGAGCCGUAUGGAGCUUCCAUGUUCCAUGAUGAGGUUCAGUCGGAGCAUGACCUCAAUAUGGAGUUCCUUGAGGUGAACAUUGUGAGAAGCAAGAGUGACUCAGUUCUGCACAUGCCUGAUGCCACACUGGAAAUUGAAUCAGAGCUGCUUUUCCUGCAUGACAUCGAACCCUCCAUUUUUCAGGAUGCUUCAUAUCCAAACACUCCCCACAACACGAGCCAGGAGAUCAUGAAGUCCAAGCUCAACCACCUGUCUGCUUUCCUCAGGGAGAAUGAGAAGGAGGAGGAAAUGUUGCUUGAUAAUCGUUUAAAUGAAGAUAAAAUCCCAAACAUCAACGGCUCCCUACCAAAAGAGUUCCUCAACGGCCACGCCAGAAUAGGCAUGAAGCAAUCCAGCACUUCCAACUCCAUGCGGCGCCGCAGGCACAUGUUCUACCGGCAGCCAUCCUACACCUUCUCGUACUACGGCAAGAUCGGCUCCCACCGGUACCGCUUCCGCCGCGCCAACGCCAUCGUCCUGAUCAAGUCCUCGCGCAGCAUGAACGACAUCUACGACAUGCAGAAACGGCAGCGGCAGCGGUGCCGGCACCGCAACCAGAGCGGCACCACCAACUCCAGCGGGGACACGGAGAGCGAAGAGGGCGAGACCGAAACCACCGUCAGACUCUUGUGGCUGUCGAUGCUAAAGAUGCCCAAGGAGCUGCUGAGGCUAUGCGUCUGCCACCUCCUGACUUGGUUUUCCAUCAUUGCUGAAGCUGUGUUCUAUACGGAUUUCAUGGGACAGGUCAUCUUCCAGGGUGAUCCAAAGGCCCCUUCAAACUCGACUGAGCUGCACGCCUACAAUGCUGGGGUUCAGAUGGGAUGCUGGGGGCUGGUGAUUUAUGCUGCUACUGCUGCUGUUUGUUCAGCCUUGUUGCAGAAAUACUUGGACAAUUACGACCUUAGCAUAAAAGUGAUCUACAUCCUGGGCACGCUGGGUUUUUCCCUUGGCACUGCAGUGAUGGCCAUGUUCCCCAACGUGUACGUCACCAUGAUAAUGAUCAGCACGAUGGGAAUAGUCUCCAUGAGCAUCUCCUACUGCCCCUACGCGCUUUUGGGACAAUACCAUGAGAUAAAACAGUACAUUCACCAUAGCCCUGGGAACUCGAAGCGAGGGUUUGGCAUCGACUGCGCCAUUCUGUCGUGUCAGGUUUACAUCUCCCAGAUCCUGGUGGCCUCCGCGCUCGGCGGCGUGGUGGACAUGGUCGGCACGGUCAGAGUCAUCCCCAUGGUGGCUUCGGUGGGAUCCUUCCUGGGUUUUUUGACAGCAACUUUCUUGGUGAUUUACCCCGAAGUCAAUGAAGAGCCAAAGGAAGAGCCGAAGGGACUGGGUCCUCCAGAGACAGCCGAGGGCGGCGGCGCGGGCGCGGAGAAGCCGACGGUGCUGAAGCUGACGCGCAAAGGAGCCGCGGCGGCGGAGCCGGAGGGCGAGUCAGCCGUGUGAGGCCGCCAGCGCUUGUUCACCCACAUUCCAAGGAGUGCAGGUGCAGGAUCAAGAACUUUUGUUGUGGUUUUUUUUUUCCAGGAAAGUAAAUUAGGACCUUCACUACUUGUAGCUAAAAUUUACAGAAGAAAAGGAAGUUUCAUGCAAAAAUGUAAAUGAAAUUCUGUAGUCCUUCCUCUAGGUUUGAGCGGGUCGCUCUGAUGCUAAUUGCUUUCUCUACAACUUAGAAACGUCAUUUCUGAACACUUUUUUAUUAAGAAUACAUUUAGAUUUCAAAUAAGUUUUAUUAAUCUGCAUGAAACUCACAGUGUAUACAAUUAGCAGUUAGAAAAAUUAAGUUUUCAGCUGUUCUUAAACUAACAGAAAAUGGAAGCUAUCUCGACCUAUAGUCUCUUGCCAUUUUUUUGUCUGAACAUUUCAGAUUUCACUAUGCUUAGACAUCAAUUGAUUUUUUUUCACGAGCAUGAUAUUACUGGUCUGACAGCUACGUUAAUUUUAGACUUCAUGUUUUUGUUAGUGCAAUUACUGCAGACUCCUUUUAUUUGCAAUUAUUUUCAAGGAAAAAAAAAAAAGCAAUUACUGCAGUUUCUAAGAAACUGCCGUGAAUUCUUUUAGUCAUACUAUUCACAACCACUCCCAGAUCUGCUGCUUGUCAGGAGAGGGUGACACUGGGUGCUGGAUGUCAGCUGUAGAUGGAAGGAGCAGCAGCUGGGAGAGGUGACCAGCACUCACAGGUUUCUUUAUCACAAGUGCUGCAUUUUAUGAAUGUCGUUGGAAAACGCUGUGACAAUUUUAAGCUGAGAGUUUCACGUGCUGGUGAACUCGGGGGUUUUCUCAGCAUUUAAACCUGAUCAUCUCUGGAUGAAGCUGCCGUGGAGAAAGGGCAUCUCUGGGGUCAGCUUUGUGGGAGGGGGCGUGCGGAUUCUCUUCCGUAGGGAAAGGAAGUCAUUGAUUAAUUGCACUUUUUACUAUCCUUUAACCUUCUGGCUGGGAAUGCAGCAGCCGAGGUAAAGGCACGGGGUCAGUACAACAAGGAGAACCCAAGGCCUACCUCUGUCACUUUAUGGCAUAGUCUGGGUGUAUAAAAAUCUGUGUCAGAAACAGUUUUUAGGCCUUAAAAUUCAAAUGUUGCUGUUCCAGUCCCUGUGUUGGAGGAAUUGUAGGCCAGAGCUCUUCUGAGCUGCCAUACCAAUGUUGUCAGCACAUCCUCCAUGUCCCCUUCUGUGAUUCAGGACACAGCUGCAGUGCAAAGAUACUUUUCUGGAAAGAGGUUCAAAGAGUUAUGCUAACUUGAUUUAAAAUAGGUUUGGAUCAUUAUCCAGCAGCCAUUUAAAGCAACUUUCAAAACUUGUGUUUCACAAACUUCCGAAUGUCAUUUGUAAGGCACGUUUGUGAUGCUGUUGACUCAUUUUGGCUUGGGCCCCCCAGGCUGCCUCAAUCCCUGUGCUGGACAGGCAAACACAGCACGGUGUGAGAUUCCUGCUGCCUCAAACUCCUCCUCCUCCAAGACUUGCAAAUGCCUGUGUCAAUCAUGCUGCAAUCCAGGCAUUCAGACAAAGAAGCUAUAUUUCAGUAUGAAAAGCAGUUUUUAGUGAAUUACUUGAAUUGUCAAUGUUUUUGAGCAAUGGAUGUUUGGGUGUAUUUGUAGGUGGCAUCUGUGGGUUUCUCUGAAGGCUUCCAGUCAAUGCCUAUGGCCUUUGUUGUCAAGGGUGAUGAUGUUUUUAGACUGGUAACAUCACAGAGCACUGAAGUGCAUGUAAUCACACAGGACUUAGAGUUGUAUUUGUUUUUCCAAGUGUCUUGAAGAAGUCUUUUUUUCCUCUGGUGAAUAUUUUUUUAUGUAGAACAUGUACUGUGAACUGUGUUCAGCCAGGGGAGCAAUACUACUGAAGAGUGUGAGACCUUACUGAAGAAAGCAGUUGUGAGAAAUUCUGCCAUGAAUUUUAUCAUCUCAGUUACAUUUAAUAUAUUCUGGUGAUGUUCAUGUGUGAGAGACAAGUGUUGUGUUUCACCCUAGAACUGGCAUUCAUGUAAGUUACAUGCUGAGUUACACAUUUUAAAGUGGCUUUAAUAUUUGAGUUUUGAAGCUCCCUGAAGAUUCUGCUUUUGGUUAAUUAACCGCUGUCAAGUACUCCUUAUUUUAAUCUUUACUGCUGGAAAGGUUCUUCAACAGUUUAAAAAUCUGCAUCCUCUGACUGGUGCCAGCCUUACCUUUUUCCCAAGGGUUCCAUGGACCAGCAUGGAUCAAAUUUCCAUUACUCCACGUUGCACUUUCUAAGCCAAGAUCUCUUUCACUGCACCAUCACACUGGCCAAGUAGCUGCAGAGAGGGUGGAGAGGCUGAAGCUCCCUCUGACUUCAGAUCCCACAGAGAACAUGAAACCAUUUUAGGAGUGAGCUCACCCAUGUUUAUGGAGCUUUCUUAGCCAGAGAAGGGCAAGGACAGAGGAAGGACCUUUCAUCUGGAACCCAGAGGCUUCAAGCAAAGGCAGGGCAGGGCCAGUUUUGUCACAGACAGCAUUUGGCAUGGCUUCAUUUCUAAGAACUGGAUGUCAAAAUCCAUGUUUGGAGUUGUUCACGGGGCUCAUAACGCAGGAAUAUGCACUGUGCCACAGCAGGAAGCUGAUUUCACUCCCUGGUAAAGGCAAAGGAAAUAAUUAUUCAUUGUAAAUGUGCUGAAGUUUUUGUAGUGUUGCCAGAAGAAUUAACUUGGGGAGCCCCAGCCAAAGCAUCUCCUCCUGUCCUUGGGCCCAGCCUGGGAAACCCCCACACUGGCUUCACACGCUGAGGUCUCCCAAGGGCUUUUCCUUGGAUGUGAAAGUUAUCUUUCUAACCCCAGCACUGCUCAGUGUAGAGUGGGCAAUGAUUUAUUUCUUCAUCUGUCCCUUACCUUAUAAUGAUUUUUCUUUGCCAUAAUUAAAGUAGUACACUUUUAUGUGUUUAUUGCAGAGCUUGUGGAAAGAGAAGUUUUAAGUGGCCUUUUUUCUUAUUCCUGGUGACAGCUAACAUCUUUCUUUUUGUUUGUGUUCCUGUUUAGUUGAAGUCAUCCCAUUGGACCAUCAGUGUAGUAGGACUAAGGUUUAGGGUUCGAUUCUGUGUUGUUCAAUACUAUAAACAAUUUUAACAUGUUCUGCUGCAGUGAUGUGCAACAUGAGGCACUGCUGGUGCUCAGACCCUCGAGGGCUGUGGUCAGCUGCACAUCUCGAGAUGUUUCCUGUGAGAGCAGAGGAGCUUUAACUUUCACCCCUCGGAAAGGCACAGUGUGGCUUUGGCCCUGUUGGGUUAUUCCAUGAGUGCAGUGAGAUCUGUGCUGUUUGUGCACAGCAAUUUCAAACUCCAGAAGCAAUAAUUUCUUAGUUUCUCUUAGUUUCUCUUUCUGCUGGUUUGAUGACUCUCAUAGAGAUUUAUUGCCUAAAUAGCCUUUUAAUAACAUAAAUAUGGUGUUUUGCUGGUGCUGGCUGUGAGUAGUUGUGGAAAGAUAGGGGUUGUUCAUCAGGAGGGAGGACGCCAGUAAAUCCAACGGAGGUUUGUGCUCUUGAAACACACAAUGUCCUUUUCCCCUUUCAUUUGGAGCCUUUUUCUAGGCUCUGAAAUAUUCCCAGCACAUCAAUGCUGGCACUCAGACCCCAGGCUGGAACAGGCUGCAUGAGGUUCUCCUCAAAGGCAAGGACUGAGUCUUUCUUAUCCCUCUCCCACCUCAUCUGAACCCCCCAGCACUUGGAAUGACAGCAGCAACCACGGUGCUUUUUGCCAGGUACCUCAUUAAAACCUCGCUUCCAUUGUUAAGAACAUAUCCCCUGCCCUUGGUCCAGGGUGAGCUUGGCUUCCUCCAGCAUCCCCCAUGAAAAGCAGGAUUUUCCUGGCUGCCAGAUCUCACAGCCAUGCAGGUUGAGGUCACAUCUAUGAGUAAAGGUAGAGAAGGUCACACUUAUUUCCUGGGAGAGCUGGGACUUCUGGGCAGGAGGGAAGCACAGGAGGCAGGUGCUGAGAUUUGGGGGUUUUUAGGGAUGUGUGUGUGUGUCUGUACCUCUGUGUUUGGACAUUUCCAGACACACUGCUCAGGCCAAAAUACCUUUGGGGGUUGUGUGUUGCUGUCACUGUACUCCACAAUGUUUUCAACUGAGUUCUUCCAGGCUUCCCUCAUCCUAGUCCAAUGCAAGACAAGCUCAGCUAUAAAUAUGUAUCCUAUUUAAAUGAACAAAUGAACUCCUGCAUGAUAUUCCAAGCACAUGUAGCAGCUUCAGCAUCUCAAGUGUCUGUCGUGAAAGAGAAGUUGGUUUUCUUUGCAGCUGUUUUGUCCUCGUUUCCUUUGAAUAGGCCAAAUAAAUGUAAUGGACACCAAAUAUUGCACAGAAAUGUUAUUGAUGACUGUGUGGAAGAAAUACCAAAUUUUAUUUUUCUUUGCAGAAACUUUAUGGUUCCAGAGAGUCCUUUAGCUGUUUUCCUUCCUUAAAUGACAAAGCUGAACAUUUGUAAAGCACGUCACAAAAUGGUCAUUCGGAAAAAAUGGAGCUACCCAAAGUUUUCUCUUUGUCAUGUUGCAUCCAAAGGAGCUGCAGCUGCUCAAACACCAACUGGGAUUUGAAUUUGAGGCUCAGUAGUUCAGAAACAGCCUUAUAAAACAAAAAAAAAGGCUCAACUCCUUUUCCUGGCAUGGCACUUGCACCCAGUGAUCUGCUCAUUAAGGUGUUCCAGGUUUUCCUGUUGUUUAAAUUAAAAUCACCUCCUGGAAAACUGAUUUGGUUUGGUUCCUCAACCCGAGCAGCUUCACCUGAAUUUCCACCUCAGCUUCCCUCGCCCCUGGGAGCACAAGGGGUGCCCAGGAGGGACAAAUGCAUCCCUCACCAAAAGAGAGCAUCUGCUGUAAUUAAAGGGCUUUUGAUGCCCUUAUGACCUGCUACAAUUUUAGGGAAAAUGCAGAGCAUGGUUCAAUUUGACCUGCUCUGGCACAUUUAUUCUUAAAUGUGGAAGUUUGGGGUGAAGCUCUUGGAGCAUUUAAUCAAACUUAGUGUCACCUUAUUUGCUGUGCACCUACUCAGUCCUUCGUGACAGCAAAAUUGUAAUAAAUUACCCCAAAAUCCAGACUUUUCUCUCAACAAAUUGGCAGUUCCCAAUGUGAAUUUGUUUUGCCUGAUGUAACAUGAACACUAAGCCCUUUAAGUAGCCAAAUGACCAGCUUAUUUUAAAUGCCUCGUAUUACUAGAAAGCUGCAUAUAGGCAUCUCAUAGUGGGGAAAAAAUUAAAAAAAAAAAAAAAAGAAAAAAAAAAGAGAAUAUUUAGUUCCUUUGUGAACUGGCCAUAUGACAACUACUUUUUUAUCAACUUAUUAAGUUGGGGCACUAUAAUAGCUCUUGCUGAGUUUAGCAAUGUUUAUAAGCAUGUGUUAAACACAUAAUGUUGUUUUAUGAGGAAAAAGGGAUAAAGAAAAGUGAUGUCACAGAUGAAUGUUUGAGUGCGUAGACGGCAUAAUGUAUGUAUGAUUUUUAUUUCUACACUGUUGAGCUUAUUUUCUGUUUAAAGGUUUAAAAAAUUGUUGCAUGAGAACUGUUUUACUGUGUUCUGCACUUUCUGUUCUUUUUGUAUAAUCUUGAUUUUUUUUUUCAUUUAUGCAUAGAAAAGAAAAAAAUCAGUUUAGAAAUAUUCUACUCCACGAGACAUUGUGUUCCAAUCUGUUGUUCCGAAGUUCGAUCUUAAUAAACAUUUCAAUAAGA